AUGCAGUGUAUUGCAGGCAGGGUUGAAGGGCCGCGGGGGCAACGACCUCGGCACGCGAUCUCUUCACGUGAUGCGAUUAGCGGAGCUGCCGGUGUGGGCGAUGUAGGUCAGCGGGACACACACCGCACACCACCGUGCACCACCGUCACCAUCGCUCACUACCACUCACCAUCGCUCACCAGCCACACCACCGUCAUCGCCAUGUGUGACCACGUCCUGGUUACCGAA